GAAUCUGCUUUUAGCACAUGUGGGAGAUUGUUGAGUCCGCAUCGUAGUCGACUUGACGCUAAUGCUAUCGAGGCGUUGAUGUGUUCUCAAAAUUGGUUACUAAAUGAGGUCAAAGGUGUGUCCAAAGUUACUCAUGAUUUGAGUCAUGCAACUAUAGACGAUGAGAACGCGGAAGAUGCAGAUUUUGAUGAAGAUGGGGAGGAGCAUGACAAUUGAAGCGGUGCCAAGAGGCUGCUUGCUUCCUACGACAGAGAUGCGAUUCUGAGUUGAAAGAGUUGGAGGACAAGUACCAGACAUUGAGAUGUUUUUUACUUUUUUUUUCCCUUCUGAACGUGAACAUGAACCAUGAGUUGGUAUUUUCUGUUUUCUACCAUUGAGUAGG